CUUUAGCCAGUUGCGAAAGCUCGACUGCUUCUUUAUUUUACCCACUCAAAAUCGUCCUAAACAAUCGAACUUUAGGCCGCCAGUAAUCAAGAAGGUCAUUUAUACCUACACAAUGUUGUCUACCUUCCGUUCUAACCGAGGACUUUCUCGAAUGCUGUCCCAGUUGUCGCAGCGAUUCAAGAGCACUCUGGUCAUAGCUGAGCACAACAAUGAGUCCUUGACGCCUAUCACAUUGAAUGCUGUCUCAGCAGCUACUGAGCUUGGCGGUGAUGUGUCAUGUCUUGUUAUAGGCUCACAAUGCUCCAAGGUCGUGGAAGAGAUCAGCAAAGUCAAGGGUAUUAGCAAAGUCCUUCUUGCAGAUAAUGAUGCAUUUAAAGGAUUCCUACCAGAGGCCUUCACCCCCAUUGUCCUAGCCACCCAAGAACAGUUCAAAUUUUCACAUAUAGUUGCUGGAGCAACAGCAUUUGGAAAGAAUCUUAUGCCGAGAAUAGCCGCCAAACUUGAUGUGUCACCCAUAUCAGAUAUCACAGGAAUCGAGUCACCAGAUACAUUUGUUAGGACAAUUUAUGCGGGUAACGCACUUCAAACGGUCAAGUCAAAGGAGAGUGUGCAUCUGGUGACAGUAAGAGGGACAUCAUUCCCACCAGCAGAAAUGCAAGAAGUCGCUGCUGCCUCCGAGGCUGUCAGUGCAGAUGUCAAGAAUGACUUGUCAUCAUUUCUUGGACAGGAAUUGAGCAAAAGCGAUCGACCAGAGUUGACGAGUGCAAAAACUGUGAUUUCAGGAGGCCGUGGAAUGAAAAAUGGUGAAAAUUUCAAGCUUCUCUAUGCCCUCGCCGACAAGCUGAAUGCUGCCGUGGGUGCUUCUCGUGCAGCUGUGGAUGCUGGAUUUGUUCCCAAUGACAUGCAGGUUGGACAGACAGGCAAGAUUGUAGCGCCAGAGCUUUAUGUAGCUGUUGGUAUUUCUGGUGCCAUCCAGCAUCUUGCUGGGAUGAAGGAUAGUAAGACGAUUGUGGCCAUCAACAAGGAUCCUGAAGCUCCCAUUUUCCAAGUUGCGGACUUUGGCUUGGUGGCUGAUCUUUUCAAAGCUGUACCAGAAAUGACAGAGCAGCUCAAGUAAAAAACACCAUCUUGAAGACUUCAGCCAGAGAAGGAAUAAACUCCUAAAGACUAUGACUUGAUUCAGAUAAAACCAGGUUGGUCUCCAGUACGAAGCCUGUUUGAGUAUGUAAUACAAGUGGGACCUCUUCCAAGCUUGGAUAAUUAUCUCAAUUGAAGGAAAAAUGUAGUGUAUGUGGCUUUUCUUGCACAGAAGGGUACCAAAAUAGACAGUGACCAUGAUUGUGACAAUUUGAUUUCGAUGUAAAAUCCGUGGCCUCGGGUGAGUGACUGUUGGUUGUAUUUUGACUGUGAAAUGUAUAUAAUAACAAAAUGAGAAUGAAAAAAAUACUGUACAAAUUUGA